CAGCUGGGCGGAGCCUCGUGCGGGAGGUCAUCACAGACAUGGCGUGGAGAGGAUAUGUAAUCAAAUGGGCCAAAACAGAGUUCAUCAGAUCCCACAACACAACUCCACGAAGCUCCAGACUCGGCCACUACAACCAGCAGAGGUGUGGUUUCCGUCGGGAAGCCAAAAGGCCAGAUACAAAGAAAGGAAAUGUCACCCAAGAAACAAACGCCUCUGAGGUCGCCACACCAGGGCCUCCUCCUCCUCUUCCUCCUCCUCCUCCUCCUCCAAGGGUCCCGAGGCCAACGCUGUUUACGCCGCUGAUGUUCACGGUGGGGUUUACAGGCUGCUCCUUUGGCGCGGCAGCUAUUCUGCAAUAUGAGACCCUGAAGUCCAGAGUUCAGACGGCCAGAGAUGGAGAAGAGGGAGAAAAACUAAUGCAGGGCUCCCAGGACAUGGCAUACUGGCACCAGUGGUGGAACCAGCUGUCCGGCUUCCAGCGACAGCUCAUCCUGCUCAUGUCCACGGUGGACGACUUCUGGAGCGGCCUCACGGAGGGACAGAGGACAGUCGCGGGUAUUAUUGCAGUAAAUGCUGCGGUCCUGUGCUGCUGGCGAAUCCCUUCGAUGCAGAGAAGCAUGAUUAAGUACUUCACGUCCAACCCAGCCUCCAAAACACGGUGCCUUCCCAUGGUCCUGUCCUCCUUCAGCCACUACUCCAUAAUCCACAUGGUGGCCAACAUGUAUGUCCUAUGGACAUUCUCCUCGGGAAUCGUCUCUCUGUUGGGAAAAGAGCAGUUUCUUGCGGUCUACAUGUCUGCUGGUGUGAUUUCCACUAUGGUCAGUUACAUGUGCAAAACAGCCACAGGUCGUCUCUAUCCAUCAUUAGGGGCGUCAGGUGCCGUCAUGGCGGUACUUGCUGCAGUCUGUGCAAAGGUGCCAGAGGCCAAACUCGGCAUAAUCUUCCUUCCUAUGGUCACUAUAACGGCAGGAAAUGUUCUGAAAGCGCUCGUGGCUGUAGAUGCCGCCGGGCUUUUGAUGGGAUGGCGGCUGUUUGACCACGCAGCUCACCUUGGCGGAGCCCUCUUUGGAGUAUGGUACGUGGCAUACGGUCACAAACUAAUUUGGAGGAAGAGGGAGCCUCUUGUGAAGCUGUGGCACGACAUGCGUUCCCCGAGCAGCAGAGGAUCCAGGCCGGGAGGUGGGCCUGGUGACAGCGGACCCGGAUCACAAUAAGACUCCUUUUUAAAAAAAAAAAAAAACUGGACUCCAAUUACCUCAGAGUAUGCAAGGACACUUUUAUUCACUGAGAUGGAGCGGGCUGUUAUUAUUCAUUAAUAAAUAUAGUUUUCCAUCCAAAGUUAGAAAUGAGCGUUUGCUGAUUUAAUGGCAGAGACUUGAAAUUUAACAACAGGUCACAUCAGGUUUUUACUGUCCAGAUGUUUACUGUGUCCCUCAAAGCUGUUCCAGUUACAAAAUGAAACAAUAUCACUCUCCUACCUCUUGGAUGUUUAACCCGGACCCAUCAUGUCAGCGUUUUCCUGUUUAGAUUAUCAAAGAGAGCUGGACAGAAAUGCCAGAGUGCUGAUCCAGUUCAGUAAUUAAACUUUUAUGGGCUGAUCUUUUGUCAUUAUUAAAACUGAGGGUUUAACAAUCA